CAGCAUCACCGCUGUCUUUGUUUUUAAUAUUAUGAGCGGCACAAAUCACCAACACGCAAUAAUUAGCUCUUAAGACGGCAUAUUAAUAGCACCUCGAAUGUCACACCUCAACCGAUUGUGUUCUGAAUCCUUAAUCAUUGCGUCUGUAAACAACCCAUUAACUACCGCCAAACUCCGAAAGGAAAAACCGAGAUAACCGAGAUAACCAGCCCAAUGCGUUUUAAUUCCGUACGCCUCGGCCCUGUCGGCCUAUUAAUCAGCGCGUACGCAGCCGCCACAACUGCGUACCCCAACUCCUCCAUCCCAAUCAACGACCGUACCGCCGCCGAGGUCGUCGCACAGCUUAACCUAAUACCCAACGACGAGAAAGGGUACUACGUGCAGACGUUCGAGGACCCAGAAACCGUCAUCCGGACCGCGGCAAACGGCACCCAAUCCACGCGGUCUGCCAGCACCGAGAUCUUCUACCUCCUCGAGGGCAGCGUCGGCGAUUCGUAUUGGCAUCGCGUCGACGCCGUCGAGGUCUGGCAUUACUAUGCCGGCGCACCCCUGACCCUAUCGUUGUCGGAAAACGACGGCACCCCGCCGACGAAGAAACUGCUCGGUCCUGACGUGUUCGAUAGUCAGACCCCGCAGGUUGCGAUUCCGAAGGGGACGUGGCAGAGCGCCCUUUCGCAUGGAUCGUGGACUUUGGUCGGGACAACCGUGGCGCCUGGUUUUGUCCCAGGUGGUGUCGAACUUGCGCCUCCUGACUGGAAGCCGAAUGGAGCUUAAGACGCCGUUGUGAAGUGUGUCUCGGUGAUAGAGUAGCUAGAUAUUCGAUGCGG